AUGCGAAGGCCUGCAUCAGGCGCCUCGACGCCUUCUACCAAGGCACCUGGAGACCUUUUCGGCGCUGACAACGCCGGAAACAACACGGGAAUCCACGCUUCUUCCAUAGCCAUUUUUGCGUCCUCCUUCUGGAGCCAAGAGUCGAGCGACGCAGCGGGCACUGGCCUUAUCAGCGCCGGGGCAGGAAAGAGAACCAGCAACGAGACGGUUGACUCUCAAGCGCGAACCUCCAAGGAAGGGAACUCCGGUGUUUUGAAGGACACACAGUUAGACUGCGAGAAAUCGUUUUUGCGAGGCCGUGUCUGUCGGCCCACUGCGACUUUUGGCGUCCAAGCCGCGAGUGCUCGCAACCAGUUGUGCCACGAACGUGGACAGGGCUCUGCAAGUCGUGACGGAGACUUUGACCCGACCCGUCCCUUUUCUGGCAUUCCUGGUCGUCCUGCGCAAGUGAACGAGGAUGACGUUCGGCUCCGAGCAGGCGUGGUGCCUCAGGGCUCGACAGGCGCAUGCGUGGCUUGGCCACGCGGCGGCAGAAGAUCUGUCGCUCAGCCGGUUGCUUGGCCCGAGGCAUGUGACACACGCACAGGCGCGGCAAGGCUCUCUGGACCCUAUGGAGGCGCCGUGAAGCGCACCGCCGCGGACAGCUUGGCGUUCUUAGACACCGAAAGCACCCAGACGCCAUCAGCCUCGUCGGCAAGCCCCCAUCUGUCUGAGGCCGACGCAAAGCGGGCGUCGUUGUCGUGCGGUGGCAACGUGCCUUCCACCGCGGUUGAUGAAGCGGCGACCUUCGAGAAGGCGAAAAAUGCUGAUGACACAUCAGCAAAUUUGAGAGAGAAAGCGGGGGUCCAUGGAAUCCUAAAGGACAUCUGGCCAAUCAUCAGCGUGUGCUUCCAGCUCGUUGGCGGGAGGCGAAGCCGGCGUCAGGUCAGCGAAAUGCAUCCCAAGGAGAAACAGGAAGAGGAGUACACGAAGAGGUUGACGGCAUGCAUUCACUUGCUGGUAUACACGUCUGUCGGGAGCGAUCAGCCGCCACAUAAGAAGCGGCGCACACGGCAGACCCACAGCAUCCCGGCAGGCAGCAGGAAAACCGCGCUCCAUGCCUUCGCAAAACUGGAGAGUCCUGUUCCCUCAAUGCUCAGUGAAUCUCCGUCUCCCCACAUACUCCUUUUUCGGGCGGGCGUUGCGCCGCCGGUCAGUCAUGCGUGCGACUGGCCCAUCGAGCCUCCGAAGGAUGGCGACUCCCAUAGCGGCAUCGCCCCCUGUGGGGACUAG